AUGGCCUCCCAAUGGAUUGCCCCCUUUCUUGAGAACUCUCUCUCCGCCUACCUCCAAGGUUCAUAUGGCGCAAAUGAGUAUGAGGAUGACGGGAGUAACCUUCGAUUCGUCGCCCGCUCCCAGCACUCCGCUUUAAUAAACGGCUUGACGGAGCUUAAGAACGUACUGAUUUUCAACUUGACCGAUUCAACGACGCAAAUUGAGGCGAUCCUUUCCCAGGAAGCGUUGGAAGAAUACCAGAAGUUCGCUCCGCAGCAUCCGUUGCGCAAAGAUGCGGUUCGUGGCUAUAAUGUCCAACUGUUAUCUUUUGAGAUGGUCCUCGAGUACUCCACGGUCGAGCCGAAGGUUCACUUAUACGUUCAACGCUUUAACAUUGCGUGGCAGGGGGGCAAGAUCAGGGCGGCUCCACAGGGAAAGUCUAUCAAGAAAAUCCCUGCCCUGAAAAAGCUGAUGCGAUCCGUCUUUAGCCGCGUGAAAGGCUCUGCGAUGCUGGAUGUGAACCUCAAGGAAGAGUUCAAUGACUCUACUAGAUCGUCGAUCCGCCAGGACACCCAGAUGCCGGCCUCGCAAGGCAUCCUUAUGUCCCAAAUGCCUCCAGUCAUCCCCGCCAUGAACCCGUCCCUUCCUUCUCCAUCAACCCACCAAUCUGGGUCUGCCCGUUUGUUGCUGGGUAUGUUGGGGACCGCCUCUGAAACAUCAGGCGCUCCGUCAAUAAGUCUGAAGAAUCAAGCCGUUCCCCCUCUAUUCAAUGAAGAGGCGCAUACGGGCGGGGGGGCCGCAGGACAAGUUCGAAGUAGCCAGCACUCUGCUGAGAUUAGCCGUCCCUAUUCCCUAACCCCUCGGGGAUCUGACCCCGGCCAACUCCAGCCUGCCACUGAGACUGAAACGAUACAGGGACCUGUCGUACCAUCGAGCAUAGCCCAUGAUAAUUUGGCCAAUGGAGAUGCUCAGCAGGCCCCUGUAGUGACGGAGGCAGAACAAGACCACCUGGUAGAACAUGUGGAGGAGUCAACCAGUGCAGCUAACGAGAAGGGGGGAGCCAGUUUGGCAUCUCCAGAACAACCUUCUAAUAAGGCAUCAUUAGGGGCUAGGAACUCUCCGGAGAAACCACAGUCCAGUCAUGUUGAUCCGUGGCAUGGCAUGGACAGAAUCCGAACCAGAGACGUUAAAAUACCAAAGGAACAAGCUGAAUUGCUGGAACAACAUAGGCGCCGCUGGAUACCACCAUCUCCGGGGGAGAGUACACCGCAGGGCCACGUGCCACCUCGGCUUCUUGAUCAAUGGAAUAAAAUUGCCCUGCGAAGGAGGCGCAUGGCUCAAGGAGAGGAACCGAAUGAUGCGCAAUCCGAGCCGCCGGUGACACAUGAGGCUUCACCUAGUUUUCCCAGCCCAACACCUCAAACAGAUACGGAUUCUGACGAGGAGAAUUUAUCAUGGUCCGAGAGCGAACCAGAGCAAACAACUCGUUCACGACAGGUCUUGCCUGCAGACAGUAGCCCAGUACGUGUUGAGUCAAAAAAGGCAGAGGAGCCAUCUCUCCAAAAGAAUGCGCAUUUGCCUGAUGAACAGUCACCGAAAAGGCCUAGUUCGGAAUCUGCACGCUUCAAUGAUGAUAGUCUACAAUCAAUCGCCAAAGGCCAAGAUGCUGAUGUUUCCAUGAACGUAUCUUCCCCUGGGGUUGAUCAGCCAGCGAACCAUAAUGAUACUACCACGUUGGAAAACACGACCCAUAUUCAUGACGCUCAGGCUGAAUCUGACGAUGACUCGGUGAUGGAUACUUCUGUUCCGUGCCCGCUUGGAAAUAAUACGCAGCAAGUACAGUUUACAAGUCAGUCAGAGCAGGAAGUUACUAGCUCAGGUCCAUCUCUUCCUGGGCAAUCUACUCGCGACCACGUUCAGGUCGUGGAAACACCAGAUGUCAACAUUUGUCGGCACCGCUUGGCGGGUCCCAGCAAAGGCGAUGAUCUACAGUCACCUACUUCCGGACAAGUACCUGAAGCGACCAAGUCAUCAUCGCAGUCCCGAAUCCUGAACACAUACGCAACUAAAGGGACUUCGUCGCAGAUAUCAGAUCCCGGUCAAGCGAAUAGAGAGAGUCAUGACGUCGACAUAUUUGGUACACAGGUAGGCAGUAGCUUGUCGAUGCAUGAUACAACGCCAUAUUCAACCUCUGAUAUGGGCUUGAAUUCUUCUGCCCGGAAGGAUCAGGAGCCCAGUGCAUCAAUAGAUGGUCCAGCGUACCAAUCGGAAACAUCAAAUCCAUUCUCUUCAUACCGAGAAAUGCCUUCGUCGAUGUCGGAAGAAGCCCAAGAACAACCUUUAUUGGACAUUGAGAGUUCAAUACUGGUGUCAACUGGGAUUACCACGGGACAUUCUUUAAAACGUCCUGCAUCCGACAUUGAACACGACUCUCCCGCAAAGCGGCCUAGAACGGAGACCGAUCAGCGGUCGACCGAAACAGUAUCCAAUAUGGUCGACCAUGGCCAUUCCACUGCAAAUUCAGAAUCGCAAAAGAUCUAUGAGAAGUUCCGGCGAGAUUACCCAAGCUAUUCCGGAAGCUUCGAUCACUUUGCCAUUCUCUGUUCCAAACUCCAAGCUGUUCGGGUCAAUGGUCACCUAAAGCGAUCAUUUCUAUGGGAUGACUUCGUAAUCAAGCACCUCGAGGAAUAUCCGUCCUAUCUCGAGCAGUGUUCAUCUGCGGGGAAUAAGUCUUUGGUAUAUGAAGACUAUUUCGCGUCGUUCUUUUCCAAGCCUUCUUACAAGAAACGAAGCCUCACCGCACACGGAAUUGACAUCAGUGCGGCAAAUAUACCCACGAGUCAGACUAUCGCACCUGUCACGGUUGUGUCUCCUGAAAAGCCAAACGAUUCCUUUACGGUCAGUCUAAUCGACCGGUUGACUAACUUCCACGCACAUUCUUUUGAGCCGGGGACACAGGAUACCCAAUCCGAUACGGAUAUGGAGUACAUAUCGUGUCUUAUGUCCUCUCCCACACCCCAGGAAAAGGGCACUCUGAGCAUCACUGGACUUCCACUGAUUGCUGAGCAGCCCAUGGAGGUAGACCAAGAACAGGAAUCAGAACCUGACGCGCCAGUGGACAAAGUGGAUCCCCAGGCGGAAGAGGCUGAUGCCGAAGCCAAAAAUCCAACGAAGAGACAAACUCCCAUCGCUGAUCCAGAGGAACAGCCCGAGUCCACUGACUCGGCUACUGAUAGUGAAAUGGGGGGACUGACUUCGGAUCAACAACAACUUCGGCUGAUGUUGCGAUCUGAGCCACGGCCGAAGUCUGAUAUAGCAGAAGAUAAUGUCGACGUCCCGCGGAGAGGAUCCUCUGGAGACCAGCCUAUGCCAGUCAAAGAUGAACACCAUGGCUCUGGCAGCACAGAUUCUGAUGAAAGCUACUCCGAAGAAAGUGAUUCCGAUGAAAGACCGCCACCUCCAACUGCGCACGAUCAAUCCUCCACGGUAGGAGAGGAUUCUAGUAAUCCGCGCAAAGUAUCAACUUCUGGAGACCAACCCAUGCCGGUCAAAGUUGAACACCAUCGCUCCAGCAGCACAGACUCCGAUGAAAGCGGCUCUGAUGAAGAACUGCCCCAUUCAACUGCGCACGAACAAACCCCAGCAAAAGGAGAGGACGCUGGUAACCCACAGAACCAGGUGAUAGAGAACCAGAUGUCAGAGAGCCAGAUGCCAGAGAGCCAGAUGCCAGAGAGCCAGAUGUCAGAGAGCCAGAUGCCAGAGAGCGAGAUUCCAGAGAGCCAGAUGACAGAGUCUCAAACCGAAUCAAAGGCCCUAGCCGCAUACAACCAGCCUCAAGCAACAGCAACGGACCUAGACUCCAGCAUCCCCGAAAGCAUGCCCUCAAACGAACCCUCGCAGCCCAAACCCCAGAACCUAGACUCCCAAUCCAGCCACGUAACGAACGACGAGACGCACGAAACCGCCAGCAUCGAACUCGGCGACAGCACCCAACGGACCGACGCCGACGCCGACCCACCCAACCCCAACCCCAACAUGGACAUCGACACCGCAUCCGAAUCCGAACCCGAAUCCGACGCAGAAAGUGACAACGAGAACUGGUUCGACUCCCUCCGGCACAUGCGUCCGUCGGGCCCCGUAUGGUCCGACGACCCUCACACGCCCUUCAAGCAAUGGGCGCGCGCAGACCAGAAUGUUCUCUCGGAGCGAUACCGGCGCGGUGGCGCUUUUCUGUCUGUGGAUGAGAAGGGGGUUAUUCGGCGACCUUGACUUGGUGAGGGGCCUGGAUGUGAAUAAUUGGGGUGUCAUUUUAUUCUUUUCUAUUCUUUCCCAUUCUAUUCUUAGCGGAGGGUUAUCUGUAGUAGUUAUUCCCACUUAUCUUCUAUGUAUAUGUAUAUCUUCUCAUUUAUCAUUAU